AUGAGGGUCUGCACUGUGGUUUUGGUGCUAGCAGUGGCUCCCGCUGUUCUGGCUGGCUACUUCCAGUACUUCGACAACUUCAAGAACAUCAACGACGACGAUGUAAUCGACUGUAUGGUGAAAGAAAAGAUAGACAGUUGCAGCGACAUACUGCGCGAAAUCAAGGAUAAAUUUGAUGACAUACUGGCAACCAACUGCGGGGAAUGUGAUGUGGAGGAGAGGGAGGAGUUCAUGAAAUACGCGGCAGGAUUCUCGCACCGCCACGCCGAUGUGACCAAGAUGAUCUUGGACAGAUACGACCCCGAAAGGAAGUACGAGAAGAAGUAUGGAGAAGUGUGGGCCGAGAAGGGCAUCGCUCUGCUCUGA